CAUUGCAGUUGGUCCAGUCCAGUGUGUAACGUCUGGCUCAGCGACGAGCGUCUUGAAAGUUUUUCAACAUCACCUUCUGUUUCACUGUCCGUCAAAACUCUCAAACUACGUUCCGUUAUUUCAGGGAUAAUUUGUCUCAUUUCUAUGCCUGGAUAACCUCAACAACAUCGUUUUGUUUAAGAUAUUCAGGUGUUUGCUGGUUUCAUCUGUUGACCGCAGAAAAUGAACGACACAUUCCCCCUAACCAGGAAGAAGAAGUGAAGGAGUGAGGAGAUCGUUGGAGAGAAGAGAGACAGAGACUGAAGAGGGUCUAAACUGAAGGAGUGACAGGAGAGGAUACUUAUUGCAGACACCAUGUCCGUCUCCACCACCAAGCAGGAGAGAACCCUGUGUGUUCUGCUCCCUAAUAAAGAACAGCUGGACAUCACUGUGGGGGUCAAGUCCACAGGGCUGGAUGUGUUCAGUCAGGUGUCUGAGCUCCUUGGAAUAAAAGAGCUGCACUUCUUUGGCCUGACAGUGGUGAAGGACAAUGAGCACAUCUUUCUGGACAUGGAAGAUAAGCUUACCAAGUAUUUUCCUAAGGAAUGGAAGCAAGAUUCAGGGAAGGGGUUACAGAAGAGAUCCCUCCCCCUGGUGCUCUGCCUCAAGGUGCAGUACUAUGUGGAGAACGGCAGGCUCAUCUGUGAGCGGAAGGCGAGACGUCUGUACUUCUCUGACCUGAGGGAGAGGGUGUUGCGUUCUGAGUGUCGUCAGCAGGAGGAGGUGUACUUCCAGCUGGCUGGGUAUGCUCUACAAGCUGACCUGGAGGAUCAUCCCCUACCUGGGAAGAACCAGGGAGGCACCCGCUACUUCCAACCCAAAGAGUACUUCCCUCCCUGGAUUGUUGCGAAGCGUGGGGUGGACUACCUGCUCUGUCACGGUCCCAAGGUACACAAGGAGCUGUUUGGCAUGACGCCACGUGAUGCGGUACUCCACUUCAUCAAAGAGGCCUGUCGUCUCGAGGACGUCCCCGUCACCUUCUACAGGCUACAGAAGGACAAGAAAGAAGAGAGAGGCACAGCUCUGCUGGGGCUGACCCUCAGAGGAAUGCAGCUUUAUCAGGAGGCGGACAACAUCCGCCAGCUUCUCUAUGAUUUCCCAUGGUCCAACGUGGGACGACUCACCUUCCUGGGGAAGAAAUUUGAGAUCCAGCCAGAUGGUCUGCCGUCGGCCAGGAAGCUGGUCUACUACACUGGGUCUCCGUUCUGCUCGCGCCACCUCCUCCUGCACCUCAGCAACAGCCACCGACUCUACCUCAGUCUCCAGCCUGCCCUCAAACACCUCCGACAGCUGGAGGACAGCGAGGAGAAGAAGCGCUACAGGGAGUCAUACAUCAGUGAUGACCUGGAUCUAGACCCUCCAGGGGGCAGCGAGGGGGGCAGCCCCGGCCUGUCCCGACACUCUACCUCCAGCUCGGGCAUCGAGGCAGAUCGUGAUGCGACACGGCAGCACAGCAGCAUCUCCAUGGAGAUGGCAUCCAUGGAGGAGGAGACUGGGCUGAGGAAGAGGAUGGAGAAGUGUUUCAGUUCGGCAGCGAGUCACGGGAGUUCUCACACUUCGGGCGUGGACACGGGCAGCAAAGCACGCACUGAUGAAGAGGAGUGGCAGGAAGAAGUAUUCUGCUUCUCCUCUCCAGAGACCCAGCAGGCCAGUGUGGACAGUCCAGGAGAGGUUUCCGUGGAUGACCCAGAGGAAAUGCUGAGAUUGGCUGAGCUGAUUGAGGGCGUGUCAGUUGAUUGUCCCGUGCUCACCUCAGAGACUCAUUGUGAAGGAUUCAAUGGGGAUCAGGUAGACAGAGAUGAAGACCUGGUGACACUACGCAGCAAAGAUACCCUGGGACAGAUCCUGAAGUCAAGAUCCCAUUGCGUGGACCGCCACAGCCAGAGUCUGGAUGACGUUCGCCUCUUCCCCCCUACCGCCCCCCUCGGCACGACUCUACCCCCUGACUCCUCCCACAGCUACACCUUUGGCCUGCCCCUCCCGGACUCCCAGAGUAACGCUAAGAGCCCCCCAGGGUGUAACAACGGGGGCUACUACCUCCCCCUCCACUGCCCGGCUAAGGGCACCUUCUAUGGACACAGGUCUAUGAACUGCCUGUCCCUGGAUCUACUGGGAGACGAACAGCUGUUGGAGUUUAUACUGUAGAACAACACAGAGGACCAAUGUCCUUCUUCAAGACCUAUUCUCUACCUACAUCCCCCUCCAAUGAAACUGUGGGAUACAGGGGAGUGGCUGCAUGCAGCGAGAGUUCUAACUGUAGAAUGUAAUGUUUUUACACUACCGGCCGAACAGAACUGGCCUAGUUACAUCAAGGAGCACCGAUACCGUUCUGUCAACACCAAUACCCUUUUCACACUACUGAACCAGGCCUUGCCGAACUGUACUGUGCUGGCCUGGUUCCAUCAAGGACCAUGGAUGGCCUCUUCAAGCCUGUGCUCUACUGUAUGAGUCAGAUACAGGGGAGAGACUGCACAGAGAUGUUGGAGGACUUCAUGGACCUUUAAGAGGAGAGAACAAGUCUGACGUUGAUUGGUAUUGGUAGCAUUCAUUGUGAAACGGAAGGAGGCCAUUGCCUUCAAUAAUCAUCCCAAUACAGACCAUAAUCUACAUAUUUAUUGAACAUGUUUGACACUAUUUCUGUUUACCGUUUGUAGAUACUUUGUACAUAUUUUCAACUAUUUUACUAUAUUUUUUACUUUGAGGUACUAACACAUUGUAACCAUAACAAUAGCUGUAAAUUAUACACAGCUCUAUGUAAAUAGGGGUGAACAUUGCAUUUCUUCAGUUAGUUAGUUUCUUAAUUGGUGUUUGUGAAUCGUGGCAUAGUUUGAACCAGGAGUAUCUUCAGAAGUACUUUAUGGUCUGUUGUGAAGAGCAAAGGACUUUACUGCACGUUGACAUCCUGUGUACAUUUAAAUGUAUCAUCAUUACAUUAUUAAAAAUAACCAACAGCAUUUUUAGUCUUAUGUUUUGCAUUUGUUUCCCUUGUAUGUCAGUUUGUCUAAAAAAAGAAUGCUCUGAAAUCACACAUACACGAUUGUGUAUUUUGUCGCGAUAAUAUUUUAUGAUAUUACAAGUCUGCUAUAGCUGCAAUAAUGUAUUGUCCUUGUUUUUUUUAUACAAAACACAAAAAAUGUCAUUGUAAAAAACAGUUCAACAUGCCUGGACUGUUUGUCAAUAUUACAUUCACUCCUGUGUCAAACUACCUUUCUAUUAAAUAUAUUUCCAAAUGUUUUCUUUCUAUACUAAUACGUUUUUACUUUCUAAGUAGAGCAGCACAUUAUUAUGAACUAUUUCUGUCUUCAUGCAUACACUGGAAUGAUUAUAUAAAUAAAGCAAUGACAAAGAA